AUGGGCCGAGCCCAUUGGGCUUUUUUCCAGUUACUUCAUUAUAGACGACGAGCAACAUCCCCCACCCUUACAAUCCCGCCGCCUCUCUCUGUCUCUGCAACCUCCGUCGCUGUCGUCAGUGAGAUUUGCGAGGAGAUGGGAAGCAAGCUCUUUGAUGGGUCCUUGAAGCUUCUGAUUCCAUCUUCUUCAGACAACAUCAAGGAGAUCUCUUUCAGAACCAUCCCAUCUGUCACAAAGCUGGAGAUCAAGAACUUUAUGGAAGGCAUGUACGGAAUCGGAGUGGAGAAGGUACGGACACUGAACAUGGAGGGGAAGAAGAAGAGAAGAGGCAACCGGCUGGUGUCCAGACCUAACUACAAGAAAGCUUACGUGACUCUCAAGAAACCCGUUUCUUCUUUGUCCGAUCUCCCAUGGUUCCAAGCCAUCGGAGAAGAAAUCAGACACAGGAACCAGGAGAUUCUCUUGGACCAUUUCAAGAAAAUGUCUCUCAGAUGAUCCAUCUGCCCUUUUUCCGGGACCAAUUGAUCUGUAAGAAUUCAUACAUAUGAAGAGAUUGUAGCAACAUCUGAUAUUCUGCAGAUCGGACGUUGCUUGAGAAGAAAGGAAACGAUCCGACGGUGGCCAUGUGAAGUCAAACUUUAGAGAGUGGUCAACCAUGCAGGAGCUUAGUAUGUCGGUUUGUCCAAUAUAUAAAGGUUUUCUGACGUGGCAGGGACACGUGCACGUCACCCUUUUGAGUUGUCCGCUCGGAAUUUGUGCAUGGCUUGUUCCGAUUCAAUUAUAUUAUAUUCGAAAUAAGUUAUUUCGGUUUUAAAAAAUUAUAUCCGUCCAUUUAUUUCAUUUUG